CCUGGAGAAGCGCUCGGACCGGGUCACAAAGAGCCCUGUACACUGACUGAUUUACUCCUCGCUGACACCUGUACCGAAGGGGGUCGCGCGGCGCCACCAUGGCAGCGCUCAGCGGCGCGUUGCUGGUCCUGGAGCUCUGGAGCGCGGCGGUGCUCGGCGACGUGCGCGCUCUCGACGCUCCGUGCAGAGGAGCGCAGUGCCCCGGGUCCGAGGCGCUCCCCUCCAGGCCCUGCUUCGGCACCCACUGCCCGGCGUGGCCAUCCAGACCGGGCCGGCACCACGCAACACUGGCACAGAGGGGCCACCACGCGGAGCCGUACACGGUGGUCACCCCCCAGCGCGGAUCCAGGGCCAGGAGCGGCCACGCGUCGAGCCCCGAGUGCGCGGCGGGGGCGGACUGUGCCCCCCUCCACAGACGGACCGCCAACGACACCGGGGACUGCAGGGGCAUCGAGUGCAAACUGCCCCUGAGGAUACGUCCCAAGCCCCGAGCGAAAGCGUGCGUGGGGGACGGCUGCCCCCGUGGCUCCGAGCAGGCCGGCGUCCCGCCCGCGCUCGUCCACAUCCCGGAUCGGGCGGCCCAGUACCUGGGCGAGCUGCCGGACUUUGGGUAUCCCGGGUCGGACCUCGGCGGAGCUCCGCUGGGGGUCCAGCUCACCUGCGAUGUGAAACCAGGGGAGAAUGAGGUUCCCUCCGAGGACGCGCUAGUCCUACACCUGCAGCUGGCCAAGGGGCAGGAGAAGCUGGUGGAGGCGCUGCAGAACCAGCAGACCGUGAUCCGGGAGCUCCAGCGGACGCUGGUGGAACAGCAGGGCACCCUCAUCAGCCAGCAGCAAGAGAUCGUGGAGCAGCAGAGGCGCAUGUCUGAGCAGAUGGAGUUGGUGAAGGUGCAGUAUGGUGUGCUCUUUGAGGCUGUAAAGCGUGCCUCCCUCCAGAGCCUCCAGGGAGAUGUUCAGGACUUCUUUGAGAGCCACCUGCAGGGCCUCCAGGACCAGGUGCGCACCCACCUGCACAAGUCGUAUGCUGUGCACAAGGUGGACGUGGACGCCAAGGUGAUGGACGUGGGAUCGCCCAUACUGCGGAACUGUGGUGUUUGCAGACAGGAGGAGUACUGUGACUUCCAAAGGGACCCCCCUCGGUGCGAAAGGUGCACCAUGUGUCCGCCGGGAUUUUUCCUCGUGUCCCAGUGCUCCCAGAAUGCAGACCGCAUAUGUCAGGACAGAGAUGAGUGUCUUGAAAUACCAAACCUUUGUGGGGAGCGUGUGAAAUGCCUUAAUACACCAGGUGGGUUCCGGUGCUUGGGGCUCUCCGAGAGGGACGCCUCUGCCGGGCUGUGCGGACAUGAGUACUUCUACAACAGGGAGCUCGAGGAGUGUCAGGCGUGCUCCGACUGCGAAGGCCAACCCAUCGCUCAGCCCUGCUCUGCGGCAAGUGACGUUGUGUGUGGCUCCCUCUCCGAGAACAUGCUGUCGCAUGCGUGGGGCGCGGCGGUCACACUGCCCCCUGCCGGGGCAUCCAGCAGCCACAUGCACCCGGGCGUGCAGCUGCACGUGCAGGGUAAGGAGGACAGCGACCUGCUGUCUACCGAGGACGGCCGACUAGUGUUCCUGCAGCACGGCCUUAUCUGGGCCGACCACAACUUCGCCCUGAAGCACAGCUGCCGGAACUUUCUCCAGAUCUACAUGAAGCUGAAUACCAGCGAGGAGGGCGUGGAUCUCAGCGGCGUGCGCAUCGAGCAGCCUGACGGGAAGUACUUCCAGAGCGUUAGCAUGAGCGCCGUGGCGGAGGUGGAGCCCAGCUACAUGCUGUCCCUGUUCUUGAAGAGCCCCAACCACUACUGCAACCAGAGCAAGGACCUCCACGUCUAUGAGCUCAGCACACCCUUCAGCCUCUUCUGGCUCUCCCACGACACGGGCGCCGUGGCCAUGACGGCACACACGUCGACGUCGGUGCAGUACCAAACCAACUACCGCCCGGCCUUCAAGGUGAUGUCGGUGUCGGACCCCUAUGUGGUGAGCCUGACCCACGACGGCCGUGGGGUGAGGUUCACUGAGAGCGGCGUGGUGAAGUUCAUGUUCCAGCAGGCUGUAUAUGCCAUGGGACACACCUGUGUUCGUGAGGGCUUCUCCUUGGUGGCGUACCUGAACAGGAACGGAACCAACUCGGAGCUCACGCAGACGUACAAAGCGGGGGUCAACUACCGGGACACAUCCGUCUCGCUGACGGCUGCCACCGUGGUUGGUGCUGGGGACACGCUUAGCUUCGAGAUUUUUUCUCCAGCACAGUGCAACGUAAGGUACUUCGGCGACAGCUCUGGGAUCAGCGUGCUGAGCCUCCUCUGGAUGCCCUCGGCCGUCUCCUCCUGCCUGUCAGCGACCGUGUCCAGAGCGGGCCUCCCCUCCGGGGCCGUGCGGAACAAGGCCUUGCAUUUCCACCGGGCGACUCCCGGUGUGGAGCAAGUGGAGCUGGUGGGCUCUGGACAGCUAGCUCGCAGGAACUUCAUCUUCCGCGAGAGCGGCGUGGCCAGCGUGAGCCUCAGCCUGAAGCUGAUCCAUUCCUGCAACGCGCUUAAGCUCACGUUGCACAAGCAAGGCGCCGACAGGCCGCAGCCAGCCGCCGUGGCCCAGCAGGUGGGCGGACAGAUGCCCGAGGGCACCGAGUGGGUCAGCGUGGGCCUGAGGGCUUCCUUCGAGGUCCACAACAGCACCAUGAUCUUCGUCACCGUGGACUGCGUGCGCGGCCGCGUCAACCAGAUCGCUGCGGAGGGUUCUACCAACAUCUCCAUCUUAUGGGUUGCCUCGUGA